UUAUGGAUUGAAUAGAAACAAUAGGUUGAACAACAAACACCAACUUUCUCCUCACCGCUGAAUGCAUUCCGCAAGACUCCUCAUUGCUUCUAGACCGGAAGAAAGUCAGGAGGCUCUUUGACAGGAGAUCGCGGGAUUGACGGAUAGAAAAAGCUUAAGCGAGAUUUGAUAGGGCGCCGAUUACUGACUGCUGUGGCGGGAGCGAGGACUCCCAUCAUCCAUCAUACAAAGCAAACUUUACUUGACUUCACUUCACUCCGCUCCCUUCCUUUCACUUUGCAACUUCCUCCACAUUCGACUCUCCUUUCGUGCGCACCACGAUAACUGCCGGCCAUACUCACUUUCCUAAUAAUUACAAUGGCAAACAUCAGCAUUGCCGCCAACGCUUCUGCGAUGAACGACCUUCCACCUCUGCCCGCCUACACACUCUCUCCGGCGCCUCCGCUCAUCUCCUGGUUACCCGACUACUACCUAUGCCUGGUCGUCCCAGUCGCCGUCUACUGGGUAGUGUCUAUGUUCUUCCACCUCAUCGAUGUCUACGACGUAUGGCCACAAUACCGACUGCACACGCCCGCCGAGAUCCUCAAGAGAAAUCAUGUCUCCCGAUACGAAGUGGCACGCGACGUUAUCAUACAGCAGAUUAUCCAGACGGCGGUGGGAGCAUUGAUGGGACUGACGGAGCCAGAGGAUCUGGUUGGGAAGGGGGAAUAUGACAUUGCUUGUUGGGCGACUAGAUUACGGAUUGCGCAGAGAGCUCUGCCGCAGCUCCUCGGCUUGAUCGGUCUCAAUGCGGCGGCCAUUUCGAAGAAUAUGUCCGGGUCACAUCCGGUGUUGGCGGGGUUCCUUGCAGGUGGCAGAUAUCCUUCUUUGAGCCUUGGGCUGGACGUUGUUAGUGGAGCACCGGUGGCGACGUUUGCGAGCUGGGAGAUCACCGCUGCGAAGGUUUUGUACUGGUACAUUGUGCCUGUGAUGCAGUUCUUGCUAGCGAUUGUCAUCGUGGAUACUUGGCAGUAUUUCCUCCACCGGGCUAUGCACGUCAACCGGUGGCUUUACACAACAUUCCACUCCAGACAUCACCGCCUCUACGUCCCCUACGCCUACGGCGCGCUCUACAACCACCCCUUCGAAGGCUUCCUCCUCGACACCCUCGGCGCAAGCAUAGCCUACAAAGUCGCUGGUCUCACACCCCGCCAAGGCAUGGCAUUCUUCGGCUUCUCGACUCUGAAGACCGUCGACGACCACUGCGGGUACGCAUUACCGUGGGAUCCGAUCCAGCACAUCACGAGCAACAAUGCGGGAUACCAUGAUAUCCACCACCAGAGUUGGGGCAUCAAGUCGAAUUUCUCGCAGCCGUUCUUUACGUUUUGGGAUGGGCUGUUGGGCACGAUGUGGAAGGGUGAUACGAGUUCUCGGUAUGCGAGGGACAGGAAAGCAGCGCAGUUUAAGGUUGAUGCUGAUAAAGUUGAGCUGUGACGAGCUUUGCAUUUCACGAAAAGAGAAUUGAUUGUACUAUAUUUUGCAGGCACUGCGCAGCAUUGUUGUCGGUUUGGGAAGUUCUCAUUCUCGUCAUUCGUUCACGAGGGGUGUUUUGGUUGGAGGUACUACAGUAUUGGGUUGGAUUGAAUGGCUGGAUGGAUGGGCGUUUAGGGUUUGUGCUGAUAAACUUUGCACGCACGCUUGCUGGCUGGAUUGCUUGAUAUGUGUAUAACUACAUGUACAGACGUGGGGCGGGAAUAGCUGUAUGUCUGUUUGUCUUGCGAGGCCAGAGGUGCUGGAUACCUAAUAAUAAUAAUAUACCUAUUUCUUUUCCUGUCAAU